CCCCCUAAGCGAGGCGGGGUCCGCAGGUGUGUCCCGCUGUGGGUCGGGGCGCGGGGGGUGGAGUUCGACUGGCGGCACCUGCAGAUGGGGCUGGACUCCAACAUCAGCCUGGUGCGUCACGUGGCGGCGGCGGCGCUGCUCUGGGCUUCGGGGCGUCACGACCUGCCCCCCCGGCUCCGCCUGCCCCUGGGGGGGCUGCUGGCCGCCGCCGCCUACGAGGGCUUCCUCACCGGGUGGGCGGGGCAAGCGCUGGGGCUGGGCCCGUGGGGGGCUCUGGGGCUGCGGGCGCUGGGGGCGGCGGCCUUGGGGCUGGGGGCUCUCCGGCUGCUCGUCCCCCUCCUGCCCCCCCCCUGAAUUAAAGGCACCUAUAAGAGA